ACAGCUGUUGGGUUAACCAUCAUGAAUCAGAAGCUGUUCCAGCUGUCUGGCUAGAGAGCAAUGCAUGUGAGAGACCAGACCACCCCCUUCUCAGUGGACUCCUUAUCAACACUCACUCUUUGACUACACUGAUUCUUGCACGAUCAGCAGUUCUUUAAAUAUAUAACACUCAAGUCACGCCAGAGACGAUCUCUUCAGCCACUGCGCGUUGAUACAACACCACACCACAUCUGUCAACAUUCAACAAUCCACCAUGACCUCCGCUCAGCCGAUCUUCUCGAAGGGAGAAAACUGCAAACAAGUGUGGCACGACGCGAGUGCUGACUACAAUGAGACCGACACACACUUGGAGAUCAUGGGGAAACCCGUUAUGGAGCGCUGGGAAACUCCAUACAUGCACUCCCUUGCAACAGUUGCUGCAUCUAAAGGUGGAAGGGUGCUCGAGAUCGGCUUUGGAAUGGCCAUAGCAGCCACUAAAGUGGAGUCCUUCCCCAUUGAGGAGCAUUGGAUCAUUGAGUGCAAUGAUGGUGUAUUCCAGAGGCUACAGGAAUGGGCCAAAAGUCAGCCACAUAAAGUUGUUCCUCUGAAAGGCCUGUGGGAAGAUGUGGUGCCAACCCUACCCGACAAUCACUUUGAUGUACAAAAGAGGUGA